GUCUCCAUCUUUCUGCUCGCGCAUGGCUUCAUUGCUCUUUCUGUCUUCCUGCCCUGGACACCAUCCCUUCUCCUAGCACCUGCCCUCUGUUUCCCGAGGGCUUAGCUGCUCAGGCUCUCCAGGCUUUGCUCUUCAGUGUAGUCUGUCAGUCAGGAGGGCCUUGGGCCCUGCAGCUGUGGGUGGGCCUCUAGCCAAAGGAGGGCGGAACCCAUCCGAGGGGGACUGGUCCCAGAGCCACCUCAUAAAGCCAGGGAAGAGGGCCGCCAGGCUUUCUGGAGGAGCCGUUUCCACCCACUGCCACACUGCUCAAGGCUUAGUUGGGGGCUCUGCAGUGUCAUGCCCUGGAGCCCCUGGGCUGUGCCAAGCUGGGCACUGCUCCUGCUGCGGCUACUGGCCCUGCUGCGGCCCCCCGGGCUGGGAGACGCGUGCAGCUGUGCGCCCGCGCACCCCCAGCAGCACGUCUGCCACUCUGCACUUGUGAUUCGGGCCAAAAUCUCCAGUGAGAAGGUAGUUCCUGCCAGUGCAGACCCUGCUGACCCUGAAAAGAUGAUGCGGUAUGAGAUCAAACAGAUAAAGAUGUUUAAAGGGUUUGAGAAAGUCAAGGAUGUUCAAUAUAUCUACACACCGUUUGACUCCUCACUCUGUGGGGUGAGACUAGAAGCCAACAGCCAAAAGCAGUAUCUGCUGACCGGCCAGGUCCUGGGUGAUGGAAAGGUCUUCAUCCAUCUGUGCAACUACAUUGAGCCCUGGGAGGACCUGUCCUUGGUGCAGAGGGAAAGUCUGAAUCAUCACUAUCUUCUGAACUGUGGCUGCCAAAUCACCACCUGCUAUUCAGUGCCCUGCACCAUCUCCGCCCCCAAUGAGUGCCUCUGGACAGACUGGCUGUUAGAACGGAAGCUCUAUGGGUACCAGGCCCAGCAUUACAUCUGCAUGAAACAUGUCGAUGGCACCUGCACUUGGUACCGGAGCCACCUGCACCUCAGGAAGGAGCUUGUUGACAUCAUCCAGCCCUAGUAGGAAAUAGUGACUGCCUCGGCCCUUCAAAAUCCUGACAACCAAAACCAUCCUCUUUUCCCCUCUGGAGCUCUGAUCAUCACCACCUGCUCUGUUGCUGCUACCCAACAGAAAGUGACAAGUAGACAGCCGGACCAGCAUCAUGGCGGGAAUGGACCAGGUUGCAGCUUGUGCCUAAGCCUCCAGCCCACAACCUGGGGGCUGAGGAAGGUAGCUUGCUUUUCUGACACGUCCUCCGACCUUCUCCUCUGUAGCCCAAGUCCCACUAGUCUAUCUUCUACUUAUUACUCCAACUUUGAUUCUGGCUUAGUUUACCUUCCAAAGCCAGGACUAUUCUCUUUUCUCUUCAGGAAAAUGUGAUUUUCUUUUUCUUAACUGACAUAAUAAGGUGGAAAUGGAGCCUAAGACACCUGUGAGAUGGAGCAGCCUUGUGAUGUAUACUAGCAGAGGCAUGUUGCCGUAUCAUGAAUGGUUUGAUUGGCAGAAAUGAAAUGAACAAUAUACUAUGACUGUGCGUCCUUUACAACUAUUGUUUCAACUCAUCUUAAUACUCUAGUACAUAUUACAUACUACAUACUACAUAUCUGCUUGGUAGAGUGGCUAAGGGGAUUCAGAUAGUCUAACCUCCCUCCCUAUGCUGCAAUGCCACACUACAUCUGGCAGGCCUAGCCCAGUUAGCAUACUUCUUUGAACAAAAGUAGACUUACUAAGGAUAGACUUUUUCCCUUCAGGUUAAAUAUCUCUAGUGCCCUCAAAUGAGGUCCACAUGGUUUCUCUGCUGCCUCUUAGGUUACUAAUGUCUUAAUUUCUAUCUCAUCAUAUUUUUCAAACUGAAAAAAGCUUUUGUCUUAUAGAGUUGACAUCCCUCAUGCAUCUGCUCUGGAUACCUCUUCUCUUGAGGAUAGAAGACAAGAAAGAAACAACACAAUGACCCUCUGGGGAAAGAUGCUAGAGGAGAAAUACACCUUGUACUUGUGGCUAUUUUUUUCAGUGGUCAGGUCUGCAAGCAUUAGAGGAGAAGAAGGCCAGCUCUAAUCCUGCAGAGUAGAGACCCUCCCCCUUUCAGUUCCAUCUCCUCACUGCUGUGUCUUGGGCUGUCUGAGAGCUCCAGCUACAGGGAUCUGAGGGCUGCUCAGCCUCUGCAUGCCUUCCUGGCUUACCCUAGUUGGAAAACCAUGGUAUUGACACCAUGAUUUGUAAAGGACAAAGAUUUAAAUUCCCAAAGCCUCUUCCUGCGGAAAUUCAGGCAAAUAUAAUGGAGAGACCUUCCUCCCUCCCUCCCUCCCUCCCUCCCUCCCUCCCUCCCUCCCUCCCUCCCG